AUGAGCCGGGGUCAGACUCGCGACUGGAACAAGGAGAGAGUCAUCUUGGACAGAAGAGGCUCGGACGGAGAGUACGAUGUCUCUUACAACAAGUCUCACCGAAUUGAACGGCCUGGACCGAGCUACUACGGUCCGAACUUUUCCAAUGUCGAGAAUAAGCGCUCAGCAUCUUUGGCCUAUGGGGAUAUCAGGCAGCCUCGAAUGCCAGAUCCCUAUGUCAAGCGCCCACAGCCAUAUACUGAGGAGGUGGAGAAGGACUAUAACCAAUACAAGAAGUAUGACAAGCUAUAUGCAGAGGCCAAGGCAAAGACGAAGAACAAUAAGAAUUUCCUAAGAACUCGAAUGGACGACUCCCAAUAUCGACAGAAAUUAGAAACAGUUCGUGACACUGCGCAUGGCAGCAUGGUGGCAGCUAACACUGCUGCUGCUGCCCGAACUGGGUUUGCUCAUAAGUACCCAUACUCCUACGAGGACCUGGCUGCCCAGCAGACGCAUAAAAAGUCAGCUACCGAUCUUUUGAAUGGGGCGAGGAAUGCCCGGAUGCAAAACCUGACUGCUUCCAGUAAAUUACGGAAAUAA